GCUUGAGCUUUCCACCUAGCUAGCUUAAUUAGCUGGUGUAGCUGUGUGAGCUUGGACUCGCCGUCCGGCGACCAUGGUGGCGCAGCAGCUCGCCAGCGGGCCCAAGAUGGGGGCGGAGAAGCUGAUCAUCCGGUCAGAGAAGGCCCGGUUCAUCGACAUCAUGUCGCUGCUGCUCCUGCGGCGGCCGAUCACCAGCUACCCCUUCGUGGAGGCCGGCGACCAGACCGCCGCUGACUUCGGCAGCACGCCGGGGGACUGGUUUGUCGCGCUCACGGAGGUCAUCCAGAAGGCGCUCGCUGCCGCCUACUACCCCGCGUUGUUCAUCGGCGCCGCCGUCGAGUUCCUCCUCAACUUCAUCGCGCUCAACAACGGGAUACUUGGCAUCAUUUGGAACAUCUUCAGAUGUAAGCUGGUGAUACCACUGAACCGGGAGGCGCCCAACUACCGGUCGAUGAUCGGGAUGAUCGAUGGGAGGACGGAGCUGAAGCCGCUGCCGGCAGGCGGUGGCCCAGACGACCGGCGGUUGCAGGUGGUGGGCGUCUCCGCCGGCAAGGCCACGGAGGAGGAGUUCUACGUCGACGUGGAGAGCGGCGAGUGCGGAAGCGCGGCAGUGCCGCUCGUCCAGCAGCAGUACGUGAAUGGGCGACUCCUCCGACUCCGCACCUACUCCGUCUUCGAGGUCACCGUCAUGGCCGCCAAGCUCGCCUACGAGAACGCCGCGUACAUCGAGAACGUCGUCAACAACGUCUGGAAGUUCAAUUUCGUGGGGUUCUACAGCUGCUGGAACAAGUUCGUCGGGGACCACACGACGCAGGCGUUCGUGGCGACGGACCGGGCGUCGGACGCGAGCGUGGUGGUGGUGUCGUUCCGCGGCACGGAGCCGUUCAACAUGCGCGACUGGUCCACCGACGUCAACCUCUCCUGGCUAGGCAUGGGCGCUAUGGGCCACGUCCACAUCGGCUUCCUCAAGGCGCUCGGUCUCCAGGAGGAGGACGGCAAGGACGCCGCCCGCGCCUUCCCCAAGGCCACCCCCAACGCCGCCGCCGGCAAGCCCGUCGCCUACUACAAGGUCCGCGAGGUGCUGCGUGAGCAGCUCAAGAAGCACCGGAAGGCCAACGUCAUCGUCACCGGCCACAGCCUCGGCGCCGCGCUGGCCGCCAUCUUCCCCGCCCUCCUCGCGUUCCACGGCGAGAGGGACAUCCUCGACCGGCUCCUCGCGGUCAACACCUACGGGCAGCCUCGCGUCGGAGACAAGACGUUCGCGGCGUACGUCCGCGCGAACUUGCCCGUGGAGCCGCUGCGGGUGGUGUACCGGUACGACGUGGUGCCGCGGGUGCCGUUCGACGCGCCGCCCGUGGCGGAGUACAUGCACGGCGGGACGUGCGUGUACUUCGACGGGUGGUACGCCGGCCGCGCCAUCGCCGCCGGCGGGGACGUGCCGAACCCCAACUACUUUGACCCGAGGUACCUGCUGUCCAUGUACGGCAACGCGUGGGGAGACCUGUUCAAGGGCGCCUUCCUGUGGGCGAAGGAGGGCAAGGACUACCGGGAGGGCGCCGUGUCGCUGCUCUUCCGCGCCGCUGGGCUUGUCAUCCCCGGCCUUGCGAGCCAUAGCUGCCGUGACUACGUCAACGCCGUCCGCCUCGGCCGGAUCGCGGCCAAGGAGGCCUGAGCAUCUGAGCUUCAGCUAGCGAGCAUAUGAGAGAGGGCGAGAUGAAUAAGUGUUUUUUCUGUGUGGAGUUGGUUCUGCUUCUGCCGCCUGCUAGAUGGCGCGUGUUCGUUUCCAUGUGUAUCCCUGCAACAACGACGACGAUGAUGAUCCAAGUACACGGUGUUUAAUGUCCCGUGUAACCCACAGACUGUUCUAUCAAGAUAAAUUGAAUUGAAUAAAUAUCUUCUUUUCUUCAAA